AUGGCUGCAAAGGGAAGCAAGAAAUAUGGCUUAAUACUUAAUAAUAAAGUAAGUUCAAGUAAACGGGUAAUUAAGAAUACGAAUGUCCUUGGUGAUGAAUCUGAUAACGAGGAUGAUCAGAAACGUGUUGUAAAUGCUUCCAUAUUACAAGAGUCAUUUAAAAAGCAUCAACGUAAGCAGGUCCAGUUAGAACUGGAUAGAGCCAAAGCCGAAGAUCCCACGGUUUUCGAGUAUGAUAGUAUCUAUGAUGAAUUAGAGAACAAGAAAGUCGCUCGUAAUCCUGCUGUGAUUACCGAUAGAAAGCCAAAAUAUAUAGCUUCACUAAUGAAAUCGGCUGAAUUGCGAAAGCGUGAAUAUGAGCGAAUGACAGAAAGGAAAAUCCAAAAGGAGCGAGAAGCUGAAGGCGAUAAAUUUCAAGAUAAGGAAGCUUUCGUUACCGCACAUUAUAAGGAGAAGAUGUUGGAAUUAGCUAAAGAGGAGGAACGCAUUAAGCAGCAAGACAGAAUUGAUGAAUUAAACGAUGUGAAAAAACAAAGCGAUUUAAGUGGUUUCUAUAGACAUUUACUAAAUAAUACGUUAGCGAAGGAAGAGACGUCUGUAUCUCGAAAUACAAUUAAGUCAAAAGCGGAAGAUAAGGAUGCCAUCGAUAAUCAGCAGCAUACAAAUCAAUCCCGUGAUUCUAGCAGUAGUAAACCACGAAAUACUGAUGACAAACAGAGAUACAGAAGCAAAGCCGGUGACAACAGCGGAGAUGAUGAUGCUACCGAAUACUCAGAUCAUUCUAAAUAUAUUGACCGACAGGAUAACGAUCACAUGCCAAACAAAGUGAAUGACAUGAAGCGAAAUAUCGAUGAUAUAGGCGAAGCUGAAUCUAGUCGAUCUAAAUUUAGUAAGCAAGAUAAAUCAUCGGAAGUAGUUCAGGAGGAAGCUAAUAACAAGAAGAAUGAUACUAUUGCAACGGAAGUUUCAUCUGAAACCAAACAGACAGUGUUUGACCGCCGCAAUGUUACGGACACAGUAUCAGCUGCACGUGAGAGAUACUUAGCUAGAAAAAAAGCUAAAGACUCCGUAAAAGCGAUCUUCGAUGACGACACGAAAUGA